AAACCACCUGGCAACCGCUCCAGGGAUCCAUCCCUUUUCUUUUCUCUCUCAUCAUCAAAAAAUAAACUCCACCCUUCCAGCAGCAGGAUUCAAACUUGGACAAGGAAGGAGCGGAUCUACCUAUCGACCUGGACAUGGACAGCGACCCAAGCGAGAAACACAACAGCAACAGUAAUAACACCAGCAGCAGCAGUGGCGAUCGAAAGGGCUCCCGUCAGACAGAUUUGUACCAGGGUGCAAAACAACAUCCGCCUCAACAUCAACAGUGGUCGUCCAUCCACCAUCAUCCACAGCCCCCACUCUCCAUCACGUCCCCUCAGUCUCAUCUCCAUCCCCAGGGUGCCCCUCCCUCGCAUCCCAUCAUGAACCCACAGCGGCAGCCGUACUAUGGCGCCUCCUCGCCCGAUCCCCCCUCCGCGGCAUCUGCACCAGCUGCCGAACGUGGAGGCCCUUCAUCAGCACCUCAUUACCGCAGACCAGCCUCGCCAGGAUCUUACGGCAACCCCCCUCCUCCUGGACCCUAUUCUUCAGGCCCCUCUGGCCCUCCACCAACACAUCCAGUGCACUACAGCUCGAGCCAGGCUUAUGGACGUCAUCCCGAAUAUGCAAAGGAAGAUUAUCGCUACAAUCAACAGGACCGGCGUCGAGAGUACGAUCCUGCGGAGCUCGGCCACGACUAUCCACCCAUGACUAAUAGAGAUAUCUACCGAUCCUCGUCAUCCAGGGAGCCCAUCGUCGCCCCGACGGCUCGUCAUCCGGCUUCGACUGCAGCUGCCGCUUAUCCGCCCCUCCCAGGUCAACUACCCAUGUCCUCUACACAUAGUGCGAUCUACCAGAGCUCAGGACCGGGACACGAUCAAGAGAUGCUGGAUCGCGAUCGUCGCGCUGCUCAUCCUUAUAGCAGUAGUGGAAGAUAUACUGCACGAUCGCCAUCACCAAGACCCUAUGGAUCGCCUCCAGGAAACAUAUCUUAUCGCCACUAUUACGAGCAACAGCAGCAGCAACAGAUGGCACGCUCCUAUAGACCAGAUUAUUAUGCUUCAGAUGCCGAGGGCGAGGGUGGAGCUAUGAGCCAGCACCAUCAUUACCAACAGCAACAGCAACAUCACGCCUCCAGGGCCCCCUCGUAUCGAUCUUGGCCCGCUCACGAAGCACCAGGUCGAGAGUAUCCUCCUCUUGCAGCUCACCAGUCUGCGUACUAUUCUUCGUCGCGACAGCCGAUGCAAGCCGAUCGGUACGAGAAUCCGGCGCCACCUCCGCUCAGAGCAGCAUCGCCUUAUCAGCCAUAUGCGUCCCGCCAGCCUGUCCAUCCUGCUCACGCAUCAGCCGGAGCAUGGUCCUCGCAGCACUCACCCGAGGUGACCUCUCGCCCACCUAUGGGUUAUCGACGUAGAUCAGCUAGUGUGGAUGAGGGUAUUGAGAAAGACAAGUAUUUCUCUCACCACUAUCAUAACCCAUCAACGGCUGGACCCCGCUCAAGAAGCCCGCCGCCUCGGACAAUGACUCCUCCUGUUCACCAUGGUCACUCUCCCGCUCCUUAUCAGUAUGAGGCUAGUACUUAUAAUAGAGCGAUGCCAUCCUCGUACAGGGCCCCCACAUACAUUCCUUCUAGAUCACCAUCGCCUGUCAAUCAUGUUCAGCACCGAAGUGAGAGAAAGGCGCCGGCCAUGUCGAUUGCGCAGCUUUUGAGCGCCGAUAAGUCGCGAGAUGUCACCCCAGAAUACAGGGACGAGCAACCAGUGGAUGAUCGGUCUAGGUCAACCUAUCGCCAAUAUGUUCAGGAACACAGUCCACGCGAGACAUCUCCUGCUAUGCGACUUCAAGAACGGACGCCCAUCUCGGAUUCACCUACUAACCAGCGUCAUAACGAGACUGCUCGUGGACCAGGACAGCUUGCAGAGAGAGCGAGGAUGCUCCCAAUCCAUGGUCUCUCAGAUCAUCUACCGGCUAAUGCGUCGUACGGGAAUACUACCAGAAUUGAACCUACUUCAUUCAGGGAGAUGGAAUCCGCCGCGGACGAUUAUCCAUUUGACAAUGUAUCCAUGGUCUCGAUACGUCCGCGUGAUGAGAGAAAGGUUGAAUCGUCGCCACAUGAGGACGCGCAUUCCAUCUCGACAACCUCGACCAAGACAGAGAAUUGGCCAGAGGUGGUGCAUCCAGAGACACUGACAGCAUCGCAGGACACUGCUGGCAAGUCUCAGAAUCCUUCAGUUCAAGUUAAACGUCGCCCGAAAGCAGAGGCAGAAAAGCGACCAGCAAAAACCAAAAGCGACGAAAAGGAAGCUCCAGCGGAUGAUGGCAAGGCCAAAGCCAAGCGUGGAAGGAAACCAAAAGCAAAGGACAAUCCGCUCGAGGGUCCCGCUUUGCCACCAACUAUAGAGUCGGGCCCAGCUGGGGCCUCUCGUGCAGAAUCAUCUUCCAAGAUCAACAAUGGCGGUUUGAAACGACAGCGCGUACCUGACAGCAUGCAUGACGAUCAGGAACUUGCGGUUUCAAGUCGACAUGCCCUUCUGGAUAUGGGAGAGGAGAAUGGAAUGAAUGGUCCUCAUCUGGGCGAUACAGAUUCAGAUCAGGAGGACUACUCUCAGACCAAGGAUUUGAUGACCUACAUGCUAGAGGUACACAAGCGCGGGCAAAAGGUUCAAAGAGCUUAUGAAAAGCAGUCAUCCGUAGCGAAAGCGCCGGAAACUGCAUGAAAAGUUCUUGAUCAAGCAGGGGAAGCGGCUGGACGCGAGAACCACUACUGAAGAUCCGGGCGAGCCAUUAGAAGACGAUGAGGGCUUCCUCGGAACGCGGGAACCCUCCUUGGAAUCGCGGGCGCCAUCCCAACAGCCCCAGCCAGUUCCUA